AGUAAUUACUGCAGUGAAACGUCUACUGUAAUACAUAUGAGUAUUUUAUGGGGAGAUGGCUAUCGUACGACAUAACUUAGAUGUCAUUGGGAGCCAAUGUUUUGGUGCCUUCAUUAUUUCGAUGAUCUCACCCCGGAUGUAAGAUUAUUCAUUGACCGAAAGCUCUCCCACAGUUUUUACCCUAGAAUGGAUGUUYACAGCCGUUCAUAUCGACUAUAAAAUAUACUUCGAAUUUUYCGACACUCCUYGAGGGGAUUGCUACUAGCGUCUUAYMUAAAAAUGGCCAGAUAUUCUACCAUUUUUGAGAUUUCUAAUGCAAGAUGGAAUGUCUUCAUUGAAAAGGCUGGGCAGUACGACUCRCACUAUCUGAUGAAGACUUCAUUUUUGGAUGAAAGCAUGAAUAAAAGCGAGGGGAAAAACUCGUGUUCUACGUUUUGCUCAAAAUGUUGGCAUCGAAUUCGCUCGAACUUUCUGCUGUUUUUAAUCACCGUUGGAGUUGGUUUCGGACUUGUUAUUGGUAUAUUUCUCAAUGGUCAUGUAGGACGAAUCAAGGACCAAGAAGAGAAAGCUACCUUCCUUAUGCUUCUCGGAUUUCCAGGCGAAAUUCUCAUGAAUAUGCUGAAAAUGUUGGUGUUACCAUUGAUCAUUGCUAGCUUGAUCUGUGCUCUGGCAGCUUUAGAUUCAAAGGCGUCGAACAGGAUCGCACGCCGAGCUAUUGCCUACUAUUUUACAACUACUAUUCUCGCUGCAGUAUUAGGGAUUGUUCUUGUCGUUUCCAUCAGACCAGGGGAAUCUCAAGGAGAUUUUAAAGGUCGACUUAAAACAACUCCAAUGGAGUAUCGUUCUCUGGACGCGUUCUUGGACCUCAUAAGGUCGUGUUUUCCAAGCAAUAUCAUAGCAGCSAUGUUUUCAAAGAAAAGAACAAAAUAYAUGGAGGGUGAGCCCAUUAUUACAACCACAAACACAACUAAAGACAUUUCUAAGAUGAAUGCAUCACAUCUUUCACUCUURAAAAUCAUCUUCAAUGGYACCCACAACAUAUCCACUGUGAGAAACAUAACUCAAGGUUCRAAAACCAUCCCGUCAGGACAAAUGGUAGAUCCCGAUGGGGGAGUGAACAUGCUUGGGGUGUUAAUUUUCUCGAUAGUUUUUGGCAUUGUUCUUGGAAGGACUGGAGACAGAGGGAUCCCACUCAAGGCAAUCUUUGAGUCAUUAAAUGAGGUCAUUAUUAGAAUGAUUGGCCUUGUUAUUUGGUUCUCACCAGUAGGCAUAUGUAGCCUUAUCUGUGUCAAGAUUGCUGGAAUGGCAGAUGUCAUGUCAUCCYUGACAUCAUUGGCCAUGUACAUGAUAACAGUCUUAACAGGUCUUGUAGUUCAUGCCUACAUAGUGUUACCUAUCAUCUUCGUUAUUGUAACAAGAAAAAACCCAUUCAGAUAUAUUCUUGGGAUAAGAGAUGCUCUUGUUGUGGCCUUUGGCACGGCAUCCAGUACUGCCACGUUGCCAGUUACAAUUUCAUGCUUAGAGGACCAUAACAAAGUAGAUUGUCGUAUCAGUAGAUUUAUUGUACCUCUUGGUGCUGCCAUCAACAUGGACGGCACAGCGUUAUACGAAGCUGUUGCUGCAGUAUUCAUUGCACAAGCAAAUGGCAUCGAACUAAGUAUAGUGCAACUGAUCAUCACGUGUUUCACAGCCACKGCAGCUUCUAUUGGGGCUGCUGGGAUACCUCAGGCAGGCAUGGUCACAAUGGUAGUCGUUCUUCAGGCUGUUAAUCUUCCUAUUGUCGACAUUGGCCUUGUACUGACCAUUGAUUGGUUCAUAGACCGCAUUCGAACAACGGUCAACGUACUUGGUGACUCUUUGGGCGCGGGAAUCGUAGAGCACCUAUCACGUGACGACCUCAUGAACAUGGACUUCAUAGCACGUGAAGAGAUCGAACCGCUGACCAUGACUGACGACAAAUUUAACCCACGUGACACCGGUAAAAGAACUGCCUCGGACUCUUCAAUAAGAGAAACGAACUUUUAGUUUUGGUAUAAUUUAUUUUAUUGUAAAUUGUUGAUGUAUAAUUAUGUAUUUAGCUAUUUCAAAAACAGUUGCUGGGAAAAAUACGGCUUCGAUUUUUCUCACUUCGUCAGUUGCCAGAUAUAGAUGCUGUUAUACCUUUCGAGAUUGCGCAGAAAAACUCCGAAGUGAAGAAAGCUUUGCUACCGUGUAAUACUAAAAAAAACUGAGGAGAAAUAAUUCUCCAGAGUGUUAGAUUGAGAUGUAUGUACGAAAACAUUGAUUUGAAGAUUAUGAGAUAUUUUUUUAGUGAUAAAWUUAUAAAUUUAUUAUUUUGAUUAGGGAAAUAAGUUGAAAACAUUUAAAGCAGUAGGCAGGUAUCGGAACUUUGAUUCCUUUUCCAUAUUUAAUUMUAAUAAAUAGUUAGGUUAUUUUUAAUGUUAUUUUUAUUUUCGCUAUUUUACUAUAUUUUCUAACUAACAUAUUGAGUAAAACUCGUACGCGUAAAUAUUUAUUUAUCUAAUGAGUUGUAUAAGCAAUGAAUAAAAUUGAAAAUAUGCUGCUGAUAA